AAUAAAAAAAGAAUAGAGGGGCACUUCCGUCACUUCACCUUCACCUUCACCACAAUACAAACACAACCCACAGUUUUUCCUUCUUCACACACAAAAAAAAAAAAGAAAACUUUUUAGCACUCUUCAAGUUUUUCGAUCCAUCAAUGGCAGAUGUAACGUACCUUCUCCACCAUCACCACCCUGAACACGACGACGACCCUCACCAAACGCUAACCCUACCACCCUACUGGUCUCCUCACGAUUUCGAUUUCUACGCCUCCGAUCCCGAAUUCCCCCAACAACCGCAUAACAACCACCACCACCACCACCAUCGCCACCACCACUUUCCCCAAUCUGGUUCGUCCUCCAUUCUCGACCGAGAGAAUCAGGUCAAUUUCGUUAUGGAUUUAUUCCAGCAGCGUGUUGAGCAGUCACAGGUCAUGGGACACCCUUUAAACGACGCCGUUUUCGGGAGCAGCGAUUUUGGGAUUGAAAUGGACGCUUUUACCCUUGAUUUAGGGUUCCCGUCUGACAGGGACUCCCACCACCGCGCCAAUGCCGCUGGAGGGGAUUCUUCCGCCGGUGGUGUCGUUGUCGUCGACGAUGACGAUUUCUUCUUCGGGAGGAGGGUUUCGGGGUCCGAAUCCGGCGACGCGGCGGCGUUCGAGAACUGCGUGAGCCUCCUAGGGUUCGGAUCGGACUCCGACGAGGAAGAAGACAACGGCGUUCUCCGAAUCUGCGUGCAUUCCGACGAAGAGUACACUUUGCACGACGAAAACGACGACGUUUCGAGUAUUCCUCUGUGCUGGGACUCGCUGCAGUUGGAAGAUAACAGAGAGAACAACGACGAUUUCGAGUGGGAGGAGGUUGAUGGAAGGGUCGACGAGAGGGAAGUUCUAAGCAUGCUCACCGUCGAAGACGAUAGAUCCGGCUCGGUGUCCGUUUCGCCGAUCACCGGAAUCGAAGAAGCCGAAGAAGAAGAGGUUAACGUUUUUAGGGUUGGAGGAAUGGAGAAUUUGGAAUGGGAAGUGCUUCUGAAUGCAAACAAUUUGGACACAAUCACGAGCCCGGAUUUAGAUCACGAUUCCGAACCCUAUUUUGGUGAUCACGAUGAUUAUAUUUACACUGCAGAGUAUGAAAUGAUGUUUGGCCAAUUCGCCGAUAAUGAUAAUCCAUUGAACGGUAGGCCUCCGGCUUCGGCUUCCGUCGUCCGGAGCCUGCCGUCAGUGGUGGUAACAAAGGAUGACGUGGAAGGGAACAAUGCGCUCUGUGCUGUUUGCAAGGAUGAGUUUUGUGUUGGGGAGAGUGUAAAGGUGUUGCCUUGUUCCCAUCGUUAUCAUGGUGACUGCAUUCUGCCAUGGUUGGGGAUUAGGAACACUUGCCCCGUCUGCCGCCAUGAGUUCCCCACUGAUGAUGCUGAUUAUGAACGUAGGAGGCUGCACAGAUCUGGCCAGAGGAUUUGAUCAUUGCUUGAUGAAAAUGGAUCAGAUUCGCCUCCAGAGUUUGAUGAGAAUUUUAGGUUAAGGGUAUAUAUUAUUUUUUUUUAUAUUUUUGGACGUGCUGGUAAUUUUGUUCUGAUUUUCACAAUGGAGGUUUGAGGUUUUGAUUAUAAGAAUGUUUACUCACUACCCUUCUAAUUGUACCAUGGAUACAUUAUAGAAAUUAAUCAACUUUCCAAAAUGUAAAUGAUUGUAACGAUUAUUUAUUUAUUUAUUUAUUUUUUCGCUGAA